CAUGCUAAAUCUUUGCUUCUUGUGGGCUGCUUAGUCGACGGGCUGACUGGCUUAAAGCUUUAAACGAUGGAGAAACUUGAGCAAGCAACUGACAGUGAAAGUUUGCCACUCGCCCCCAAAAGACCAAGGACAGACUGUCUGUGUGACUUUCUUUUGACAACACAAACCUUUGUUUCGCCAUUGCUGACCUCACCUAGGAAUGUACGUCUAGUAUGCACAGAACAAAAUGGACAUACUUCAGAUGAAAAACCUUCUGAACAAGACACUGAAUCAAAUGUCAGCCCUCCAGCUGAGGACACAACAGCCCACACAGGGUCCCCUAACGUGUGCGUUAUUAUUGGAGAGAGACACUUCCUUCAUCCGAAGCAAUAUGAUCAGCAAGACAAGCUCGGCUCAAGCCCAUUAUCAGGGUCUCAGACAUUCAAAGACCCCACCACUGACAUGUCCAAUCAUCCUGAGUGCCAACUACUGGAGAAAUCACUUGAAGACAAACCUCCUGGUGAUUGCAGUGUGCCUUCUAAAAAUGGAAUGUCAAAUCAUGCGGAGGUCAGAUGUCAGUCGGAUUUCCCUGAUGACUACACGCGACAUGGCGCCAGCUUGAGUACAUGUAGCCAAUCUGCUACAUAUGAGGAAAGCAAUCAGAGGGAGGACGAGCACAAUUUUACUGAUAAGGAAGAAAGAGAGCAUGAGAGGAGAGACAAAUCUUCCGCUGAUAUUCGUGAGUUUCAAUUAUUUGUCUGUAGACCUGAUGAGGGCAUCCCUGUAAUCUUCGUAGAAGACAAAAGAAAAGUGGAGAUUUGUGAUAGUACCGCUGUGUGUGCCAGGGAAACAAAUGACCAAACUAACGACAAAGGAAGGAGCGACUUCUCUUCUCCCGUUGAAUGUGCAGAGGGCUCACUUAUCUCUUACGACAGUAUAUCAUCCAUAAAUAUUGCGACUGAGACACAAAGCACUGAUGACAUCGCUUGGGCAAAAGGAGAGCUUGGCGAGACGAAAGUGGAAGCACGGGGUGAAAUAGUUGAUCACACACCAAAGAAUCACAUGUCUGGGAGGAUCAGCCAAGAGUGUACUGAAGGAGAUAAUGAUGCAGACCCUUUCUGUGUAAUUGAGCCUGCAGUCUGGAGAGAAACUGUCAGGGAGGCUGAAGGGAUUCGCUCUAACUCAGGGAGCAGUACAGGUGAAGAAUUACCUCCAUCAGUAAAAGUCUGUGAGCUGGAAAUACCUCUUGCUCACAUAUCUGAUGUCAGACCAUUAGACAUGACAGUGCAGUCUUCUAACCAGAGUGAACCACAGCUGCAUGAAGACAAGAAAGAGAACCUGAGUCAGUUUUAUACCCAAACUCAGUCGAACUGCACUGUCUCCUGUGAGAAACAUAACACAACUGGCUAUGAAGGCAGCUGUCAUCCGGCAUCAAGUCCACAAAGGCCUACAAAUCCUUUUCCAGCUGGGGAUGGAAUACAAGAAAGCUGUGUUAGAAUGGGACAUCAUUUGCACGAGCAGUCCAGCUGUUCGCCUGUCAGUUGCGACAACCUGAAGGCUCAGUACGAUGAACAUCCACAGGCUGAAACUGGCACAAGAGACGAGUCCAAAAAUAUAAAAGAAAUGACAGGUUUUGCUAAUGAAUGUGGACUCUGUAAAUAUGAAAUUAAGUCAGUGGCGAUGAUACUGCAACAAAAUAGACCCGACAAUGACGUCAUGACUGAGCAACCAGCUGUGGAGGGCUUGACAGAGGUCACCAAACUAACACAUGAUGACACACAAUGCUGUUUCACCGAAUACCACCAAACAGAUGAGACACUGAAAGGCAAAGAUGAGCUUUUGGACAUGUGCUUUCCUUUAAUCAGUGAUGCAGUCGUACCAGGCCCGCAUGAAUUAAGCCCAAAAUGCUAUUCACAAAGCCCAGACAUCACUACAGCUCCCAAAAGCAAGGCGAGAUUGUCAUCACUGCCAUCUGCCUUCUGCCUCUACAACCACGUGCCAGGGGGCUUUGACAGCUUCCACAAGAUCCAACUGUCACCAGAUGAUGAUGAGGAUGAUAAUGCUGGCCAAGGCGAUUGCCAACCUCACACCAGCAUGUCCAUGCAGCUAAUAAAAUCCCCCCAAAUGAACCACUACGUGUUAGAAGCAGAGGGUGAUGAGGACGAGGAGAUGCCAAAAGAGAUGGAAGAGGACCAGGUCCAUGACGAAGGGGGCAUAUUUAAGUGUCACACUGAUGACGUUGCCAAUGGAAGUUACAACAGAGCUACCAACUAUACUGAACUUGUCUCAGGGCAGGAAAUUAUUGCGUUCGAAAGUUACCCAAAUGAGCCUGCCACUGAUUCCUCUGGGUGUAGCGGACCACAGUCAAUCCAGUACCCAGAAUUUGAUCUGAAAAAAGAAUUUGACUUGGUCUUAAAGGAGUUGAAUCUGUAUUUUUUUAUUAGUAGAAGCGAUUAUACAUGUGACAAUGGAGUGCCAACACUCGAGCAGCGUAGUGAUGUGGCGUGCAGCAAAGUUUCCAAGGGCAAAAGUCACACCAGCAGCCCGGAACUAACUCUCCAAAGUGACCCAGCUUCAGAUCCUUACAAAGACCGUGCUGUGAAGAUAUGUGUAACACAUCCAGAAGUUAGUCAUGGUGGUGAACAGGAAGUGCCCAAUAGCAGCCUCAAUUUCCAAGAAGCAUCAGGUGUAAUUGCAGAGAAACACAAAGAGCCCCGGCAGACGGAGCUGAAAAGGACAGCGUGCUCCUUUAUGUGUCAACCUCUCUUGCAAACACAGCAGCACACACUUCCGUGGCAGGCCAAGAGACUGGAGCCUCUGAGGACGUGCACACGGCCAAUCCGUCUUGGACUAUCCAAGCGAGCCAAGCCCAAAACCCUGCACCGUCACCAUCCGUACAAGGGAACCAAAUGAAGUUCUCAAGUGUUCACAGGGAUUAUUUGUAAGUCACAGUCCAUUGUUCACUGGACAGUUUUGAGUGUUGGCAUUUGGUAAAUUUCAUUUUCUCACAUUCCAACUUACACCCAUGUAUAGUUUUAAAACAGUUGGAGAUACACAUUUUGCUGCAAAAGCCUGUUUUAGAUGCAUUUCCAGGUAUUUACAUUUUUAUAUUACCCAUUUUGAAACGUCGUGAUAUGACUUCAAAAUGUAUACCUUCUUGUU